ACUCUCUUCACUGAGAUGGACACACUUCAACAUGACGGAGAGGAACUGGAGUGGAGAGAAUCAGCCAGGUGGGUGAAGUUUGAGGAGAAGGUGGAGGAGGGCGGCGAGCGCUGGAGCAAACCGCACGUGUCCACCCUGUCCCUGCACAGCCUGUUCGAGCUGCGCACCUGCCUGCAGACUGGCGUGGUGCUGCUGGACCUGGAUGGAUACUCACUGCCACAGAUAGUAGAUGACAUCAUUGAGCGUCAGAUUGAGGAGGGGAUGAUUGGUCCAGAGCUGAGGGAUAAGAUCAGCUUCGUGUUGCUGAGGAAACAUCGGCACCAAACCAAGAAACCCAUCCACCGCUCGCUGGCCGACAUGGGCAAAGGCAGCUCUGGCGCCCCCCGGAGUCCGGCUCGCAGCCCUGCGGCCGCCUCCACCUUCAACCGCUCCACAGAGGACCUGCGCAGUAAACAGGCGGGCAGCUACGGACGACUGCGUGAGUGUCACGCACAAAGCAGAAGUAUGAAUGACAUUGCAGACACACCGAGCACAGAUCAGCUGAAGAACAAGUUUAUGAAGAAGAUCCCGAGAGAUGCCGAGGCAUCCAACGUGCUGGUGGGGGAGGUGGACUUCCUGGACAAACCCUUUGUGGCCUUCGUUCGCCUGGCCCAGGCCACCACACUGGGAGGCUUGACUGAGGUUCCAGUGCCCACCAGAUUCUUAUUUGUGCUUUUGGGCCCCCUUGGCAAAGCCAAGUCCUACAACGAGAUUGGCCGUGCCAUUGCAACGCUUAUGGUGGAUGAUUUGUUUAGUGAUGUGGCGUACAAGGCCAGGGACCGUGAAGACCUGAUUGCAGGCAUCGAUGAGUUCCUGGACGAGGUGAUCGUACUUCCGCCUGGUGAAUGGGAUCCCAAAAUUCGCAUUGAGCCCCCCAAGAAAGUGCUCUCUGCAGACAAGAGGAAGUCAGUAUUCUCUCUGAACGAGCUGGGUCAGAUGAAUGGCUCGGUGGGCGGAGGGGGCGGUGUGAGCGAGGACGAGGAGAUGCCUGUGCCCCAUGAGCUCGGAGAAGAGCUGGCCUACACUGGCAGGUUUUGUGGAGGCCUGUUUCUGGACAUCAAGAGGAAACUGCCCUGGUACCCUAGUGACUUUUAUGAGGGCUUCCACAUCCAGUCCAUCUCGGCCGUGCUCUUCAUCUACCUGGGCUGCAUCACCAAUGCGAUCACCUUCGGGGGUCUCCUGGGGGACGCCACAGACAACUACCAGGGGGUGAUGGAGAGUUUCCUAGGUACGGCCCUGGCAGGGACGGUCUUCUGCCUGUUUGGGGGUCAGCCUCUCAUCAUCCUCAGCUCCACGGGGCCCAUCCUCAUCUUUGAGAAGCUGCUCUACGAAUUCAGCAAGAGCAACAGCAUUGACUAUAUGGAGCUCCGGCUGUGGAUUGGCAUGCACGCCUGUGUGCAGUGCUUCUUUCUUGUGGCCACUGACGCCAGCUACAUCAUCAAGUACAUGACGCGUUUCACUGAAGAGGGCUUCUCCAGCCUGAUCUCCUUCAUCUUCAUCUCUGAUGCCAUCAAGAAGAUGGUGGGGUCCUUCAAGUAUUACCCCAUUAACACUGAGUUCAAUCCCGACUACGUCACUGCCUACAAGUGUGAAUGUGUCGCCCCGGACCCAAUUCCAGUGCCAGAUAACUCUUCUGCUUUAUUUGGUAUGAACAUAACAGCUCUGGACUGGACUCAGCUGAGCAAGAAAGAAUGCGUGAAGUACGGUGGCUCGCUGGUGGGGAAGUCCUGUAAAUACGUGCCUGACCUGGCCCUCAUGUCCUUCAUCCUGUUCUUCGGCACCUACUCCAUGACCGUCUCACUCAAGAAGUUCAAGUUCAGCCGUUACUUUCCUACCAAGCUGCGGAAGCUCAUCAGUGACUUCUCCAUCUUUAUGUCCAUUAUGACAUUCGUGGGGCUGGACAUGCUGAUAGGCCUGAAAACCCCUAAACUCAUAGUGCCCACUGAGUUCAAGCCUACACGUCCAGAUCGGGGCUGGAUCGUGAUGCCGUUUGGGAAGAACCCAUGGUGGGUGUAUGUAGCCAGCUUUGUCCCCGCUCUCCUCGUCACCAUCCUCAUCUUCAUGGACCAGCAGAUCAGUGCUGUCAUCGUCAACAGAAAGGAGAACAAACUAAAGAAAGGGUGCGGUUAUCACUUGGACCUUUUCUGGGUGGGGGUCCUGAUGGCUGCCUGCUCCUUCAUGGGACUACCAUGGUACGUGGCAGCAACGGUCAUCUCCAUCGCCCACAUUGACUCCCUGAGGAUGGAGAGCGAGUCCAGCGCCCCGGGAGAGCAGCCGCAGUUCCUGGGUGUGAGGGAGCAGCGGGUGACGGGAAUUCUGGUGUUUGUGCUGACCGGAGUCUCCAUUUUUCUGGCCCCCGUCCUGCAGUUUAUCCCCAUGCCUGUGCUGUAUGGUGUGUUCCUCUACAUGGGUGUUGCGUCUCUCGGGGGCAUCCAGUUCUGGGACAGGAUCAAACUGUUCCUGAUGCCAGCAAAGCACCAGCCGGACUACACGUACCUGCGGCAUGUGCCUCUCAGAAGGGUCCAUCUCUUUACUUUGCUGCAGAUCGUCUGCCUGGCCGUCCUCUGGAUCCUCAAAUCCACCUUCCUCGCCAUCGUCUUCCCUGUAAUGAUCCUGGGCCUGAUGCUGGUGCGCAAGAUGCUGGACAUGGUCUUCUCCCAGCAUGACCUGGCCUGGCUUGACGACCUCCUGCCCGAGAAGGAGAAGAAGAAGAAGGACGACGAGAAGAAGAACAGCAGCAGCAAGAAGGACAAGAAGAAGGGCAGAGUGGGAGAUGACAGCGAGGACGAUGAGAAGUACCAUCCAUACUCCAACUGCUCAAUGGGCGAGACGGAUCUGGACCGCAGCAUCACCUUGCACCUGAAGAUCUCGUGCCCGUCGUCCCCAGCGAUGACUGUCACUCGUGGAAUGUCCUGCCCGGUACCGCAGGUCAAGAUCGAGAUGGAAUCCGACUACGAGGACACGGACAUGGACCCCCGGGACAGACACCGCGACAUGAGCAGCGAGACAACCCUCUGA